AUGACGAAGGGCAGCUCUCCCAAUGUUCCCACAGUCGAUAUAUCACCUUACCUCGAAGAUCCCAAGUCCAAAGCCGCCAGGAAAGUUAUUGAUGAUGUGCGAGAAGCAUGCACUUCAACGGGCUUCUUUCAGAUAACUGGACACGGCAUCUCCAAGGAGCAGCAGAAGAGUGUCUUCGAUGCAGCACACGCCUUUUUUGCGUUGCCCUUGGAAGAAAAAAAGAAGCUCAAUGCCGCACACUUCAUUGGCCAUAGGGGGUAUGAUGUGUUGGCUAGUCAGUCAUACGAGGAAGGUGUAUUACCAGAUUUAAAGGAGGGUUACUAUGUAGGCAGUGAUAUCCUGCCGUCUGAUCCUCUCUAUGGCCGUUUUUUCAUGGGUUCUAACGUCUGGCCACCGGCGACGUUGCUCUCUGCCUCACAAUUCCAAGAACCAUGCGAACGAUACCAUAAAAACGUUCAACAGCUUGCUUUCAAAGUCCUGCAAUUGAUCGGAGAUACAAUGAUACCCUGUGAGCGCAGCACCAUUAGUAUGACUGGUGGCGUACCAACCGUGCUGCACGAUUUAAUCAGAUUGGACGAAACCCCGGCAUGCCCACUUCGUCUCCUACACUAUCCAUCAGCGGCUCGCCACGGAGAUGUGGCCGGUAAGCCACAGUAUGGAGCGUCCGCACACACUGACUUUGGCGUAAUUACCCUACUCCUUCAAGAUGACAACCCUGGCCUCGAAGUGCUUGUGGAGAAAGAUGGGAAACAAGUGUGGCUGCCCAUCAACCCAAACCCUGACGCCUACGUUGUCAAUAUAGGGGAUAUGGCUAAGGAGUUUGGGCAUCCGGAGGGUGGGAUUGCAGACUCUCACAAAACGGUGGAGCAACAUAUGAUUGAACGGUUAUCAAUGAGCUAUGCAAAGGAGGGCAAGGACCCCAGGCAUAACGAGGACACCUUCAGUGUUUAG